UUGUUCUUGCCGAUGAUGAUGAUGAUGAUGACAAAACGCAGGCAAGAAGAAUAGACGGUUAAAGUCUUUUUUUUAUAAUAUUUGUACUAAAUUUUGAGAUUGGUUUUUUUUCCCUCAAUGUGUCCAUAGGAGUAGAUAAGAUCGGACAUAAUGGAGUACACUGACCGAACUCUGAGAAUACUGGCCUGUGUUGUCCAGCUCCUCGCCCUAGUGACGAUAGCGGCCCCCGACCGCCGGAACUUCACGGGGUUCCAGAUUGGCGCCCACAGACAGACGGAAAACACGGAGGAGAUCGUGGGCCAGUUCACGGAUUACCCGGGCGACAAGGUCACGGUCUUUACCUGUUUUGGCGGCUUCAAGAACAUGGCGACUCACUGGAACUCUAAGCCGACAGACUCCAUAGCUCUAGGCUGGCAGGCACCUCCGGACAACGUUGGCAAUGUCUCGUUCCUCGCUACAGUAGUCGCUGAUUAUUCAACUUUCUGGAUUGAUGUCACAGCGGAACUGUCGCCCCAAGACGAGUCUCUUGCAGUGGCGGCACCUUUCUACCCGGCUAUACCUCUUCAGACCAACAUAACAGACAUUGACCUCAGCAGCUGUGGAGAGAGCAAAGGAUGUUUCCUCUACCCUCGGCACUGCUCAGACACAGACUGCCUUGCCGCAGUCACCUAUGAGUACAGGGUCACUAUGACGAGACGUUCACGUGCGUGAGUAACCACGGAGAGAUGAGCGUGCAGCAGGGCUACAACCCUGAGUACCACAACGGGCGGAUGUUUACGGCUCUGAUGUGAUCGCCUACCACAAGGAAAUGCCGCCCGUGACCGAUGACCCAGUGGAUGUCAGGAAGGUCAAGGUCGAGAGGGGGUCCGCCUAUCACAUCUUGGUGCACGUGCAUGAAUCUUCCGAUUCCUACGCCAUCGAGACAGUCAGCAAAGACUUGCAGAUAGCGGAGAAAGAUGGCAACGUCCACGGAGAUUGUCGACACAGUCUGCUGUUUACCAUCUACGUGGUCUGUCUGGCUGCUGUGUGUAUCGCUGUCUCCUUGUCCUUCAACUUGUACUGAUUGGUCGUGAACGCCUUGGCUCCUUUGCUAACGUUUGUGGGCGUAAUUUGCAUGUCGUGUUAAACGCUUCGAUCUUCGUCGCCACCUUGUGACGUGUUUCGUUCUUGAGUAAUUGAUUGGUUGAAGAUUUGUGUCGAUGUUUGUGUGAGCCCAAUGAUGACAGAUGACAGAUUGAAAGAAGUCUUGAAUUUUCUGAACUCUGAACUCAGUUUAGGGAAAAUACAAGUGGCUAUACAAUAAUACGAUACUGGGUCAAGUCGUGCAUUCAUACCCAUUCGCUCAACAUCAUUUCUAAUACUAAUACGGCUCAGCAAAUUUUCAAAACAGGAUUCGUAGGGCAUAUUCAUAAAAACCGUCAAGUCAAAUCAUACCUUGUCACGCGCAAAUGUGGGGUGUGCUCAUGAUUAACAAGAUGUAAACCAAACUUUCAGUAACACUACUAACACGUGGUAUACUUUCUGUUGCUUGGCCAACAAUGUAGACCCCUGUAUACAAGGACAAAAUGUUGUUACUACGUACGAGCCUGUCAUCCUUUUCUUUUCUUCUCAUUUUCUUUUUUUUUUUAAGCAUGUGCGUUACAGAUAAAAGAUAACUGUGCUGUUAUGUAGAGAAUGUAAU